CAACUUGCUGGCGGCAGCCUCUUGUCGCCCAUCCCCACCGACAUAUCCAACCAGCCUAGGAAAUCGACGGUCCCCAGUGUCUACGAACCUUUGAGGACAGAAUGCCUCCCGCAAAGAAGAGAAAGACGACGCGCUCUGGCGAGGCGCAAGUGGCAGCCGGAAAGCAAGUCGAGAAUGAAGCAGACGGCGCGCUAUCGACCACUGGGGAGACACCCGCCGAGGAGACACCCGCCGAGGAGACGACAAUGGCCGCCGCGAAAACAUCACCGCAACCAGCAACAUCCGACGCCCCGUCCUCCUCCAGUACGCCUGCAGAACCGGCUCGCCCGGCCCCGUCCGCCGCCAGCGCAGCCCAAGAACGUCUCGCCCGCUUCCGCGCCCUGCAAGCGCGCGCCAAGGCCUCGUCCGACCAGAACCUGAAAGAAGCGACCAAAGAAUCUCAGCGGCUGGCAACUGACCCAAGCCAACUGACGGCGAUCAACCGGCAGCACGCGAUUGCGUCGCACAAGCUCCUCAAAGCCGACAUCGAGGAGGCCGGCGAGGACUUUGAGCGCAAGCGGGCGUGGGAUUGGACCGUGGAGGAGAGCGAGCGGUGGGACAAGCGGAUGCGCAAGAAGGAGGCGCACCGCGACGACACGGCCUUCAAGGACUAUGCGCGCGAGAGCCAGAAGGCCUACAAGCGCCAGCUGCGCAACAUGGGGCCCCCAGACCUGGAGCGCUACACGCGCGAGAAGUUGGCCGCCAUCGAGAAGGCCGCCGCCGCCGGCACGCUGGACAUCGUGGAGACGGACGACGGGGAGAUGAUCGCUGUUGACAAGGACGGCACCUUCUUCAGCACGGCCGACUCGACCGCGUUCGCAGAGCACAAGCCCGACAAGGCGGCCGUGGACCGGCUCGUGGCGGACUUGCGCAGGGCUGAGGAGGCCUCCCUCAAGCGGAGGAGGGAGCGGAUGGCCAAGAACGGAGACGACGGCGGCGACGUCACGUACAUCAACGAGAAGAACAAGCAGUUCAACCAGAAACUGGCGCGCUUCUACAACAAGUACACGGCCGAGAUCCGGGAGAGCUUCGAGCGGGGCACCAUGGUGUAAGGCACGCGGGAAGGGCGUUGGGUGGUUCUCUUCAUCACCGCCAUCGCCAGCGAACGGAGUUUGGGGUUGGGUAUUUUGGUAUUGUACAGUCUACAGCUACACGGGAGGGUGACAGGGUGAUAAUACAUUGGUUGCAUAC